AUUGAGAAUUUGUUCUGACCAUAAUAUGGGCCGUUGCUGUUUCCCUUCGUCGCGAAGGCUUCUUCCUCACCAUUUUCUUCCAGAAAAACAUGCCAAAAUCGUUUGAUUCCUGGGGGAUAUCAAUUCCACAACCCAAUUUCUGCUCCCAAAUCAGAGCAAAUCCUGAAAUUUUCUCGAUUUUUUGAGCUUCGAAUUGAAAGAAAGCGAUGCUGAAAACGGCGCAGGGAUGGUUCACGCAAGGGGAUAGUAGUGGGAGUGAUGAUCAGGUCAAACCGUCCUCUUCGUUGCUCGCCAGUUGGAAUUCUUACGCAGAAUCACAAGCUGCCGAUGAUAGCAUCUCCAAUUCGAGAAUCGGUUUCGAUCUCGAAAGUGCUGUUAGGUCAGCGAAUGAAACCGUUUCGGGAACUUUUAGCGUGGUUUCUAAAGGAGUAAGAGAACUUCCUGGGAACCUCCAAUCUGCCACUAGCAAUGUUCCCUCAGGAAAAGCCCUGAUGUAUUUUGGUUUGUUUCUAGCAACUGGGGUUUUCUUUAUUUUCAUUGCGUUUGCAUUGUUCCUCCCCAUCAUGGUUCUUGUGCCUCAUAAGUUUGCUAUCUGCUUUACCCUUGGGUGUUGCUUCAUCAUUGGAUCCUUCUUUGCACUCAAGGGUCCUAAGAAUCAGCUUGCACAUAUGUUCUCAAAAGAGAGACUUCCUUUUACGGUGAUCUUUAUUGGAUGUAUGUUUGGCACCUUGUACGUUUCCAUGGGGCUCCACAGCUAUAUUCUCUCUGUUAUCUUCUCUGUAUUACAGGUUCUUGCACUUGCAUACUAUGCUGUUUCAUAUUUCCCUGGCGGGUCUAUUGGGAUGAAGUUUUUGACAUCCGCCCUUGUGUCUUCGGUUAUGAAAUGUUUCGGUAGUUGAUCUCGACUCCAGCGUGGUAUACGCUAGGUGCACCGCACAUUUCUCUUCUGAUUAGAGAUCUUUGUUAACGUUCGGGAAGUCUGGGAAACGAUCCACAACAUAUUGCUGAGUGUGUAAACUAAAAGUAUUAGCUACAGGCACCAUUUUUUGUGUUCUUCUCUGGUUGUUUCAUCCCCAUCAUCAUAUUGACUGAGCUAUUCAGCAACUGUAGAUGAAGGUGGUGUGAAGGCCUUGGGGCAUUGUUAUUUUCUUCCAUCACAAUUUGAGGCACUAGAGAAUGAAACUAGAUUACUUCAUCCCGCUUCUUUCUUAUUAUAUAAUGUCGUUUUUUUU